GGUCUACCGACGCAGCGCUCACACGGCCCUCGUACGUGAACACUUAUACACACCAACGUACACUGCACGCACUCAUAUUAACCGACGCCGUUUCCGCGGAUCGCCAAAGUCGUUUAAAGUGUAAUAAUAAUAAAAAAUUUUUUUUAAAAAAUUCAAUUUUUCCGCCGCUCGUCCUUUCGUCGGGUUUUUCCGUUGAUGAGAAGUUGGAAAAAAAAAAAAAAAAUCAAAUAGUUUUUUUUUUUUUUUUAUAAAUUUCCUAUUUCCGUUUUCGACCGGUACCAGUGCGCCGCCGGGUAAGGUUCGCCAAGUGUUGCGGUCGUACGAUUAGCGGUAACACGAUAUACCCGUCGGUAUAUUACAGUGUUAUAUAACAAUUUAUAUAUAUAUAUAAUACGCCAUGGUAUAAAGAUUAAAAUAAUAUUUUUACCGAGACCCGAUGGACGUGCUCAGGCAGCGGCUAUAACAUACACGAGAACACCGGCUCGGCGUUUUUUUUUUUUUUUUUUUAACUUAACGGAUUAAUCGGGCACUGGCAAUCGAAUAAAUAACAACCGUUGUUACCAGAUUUAUCAGGACAUGUGUUGGUAACGUUCACUACAAUUACGUACUCGAUGCUGACUCUUGAGCUCAAGUCCGACGGGCGGCUUCGCCUCGACCACAGUGACCGUCAUCCGUGCCCGAGGCCAAUCGACGGAGGACUUAGGAACUUAUGUUCCAAGAUGUCCGAAGGAAGAUGAAACGCCGUUCCCCGCUCCCGUCGUCGUCCGGUGUCGUCGCCGAACAGCAACAGGGUCGAUUGUGCCCGAUGAAGGUGUGCGCAGCCCAUAGCCGUGCCGUGUUCCGACUUGAUAUCCGGAGUUGUCGAUUAUGAAGAAGCACAAACGCAAACACUUGGAUUGCGGCUGACAAAAACUGCAGUUGGACAAUACACACAACACAUACAAUUAAUUAAGUUAUUUCGAAGAAAAAAUAAAAUUCGGCCAUGUAUUUUAAAAAGUUUCAAUACGCUUAAUUUUUUUUCUCGGUUUUUUUUUUUUAAACUCAAGUCAUAUAUUUUGUUGUUUUAAUAUUUUUUUUUUUUUUUUAUAAGAUGUGAAUCCCGCAUCAGUCUGUCGUUUUAAUAACGUAAGAGUGUAAAAUCCGUAUUUAUUUAAGUAUAUAUAUAUAUAUUUUGCCAAUUAUGGCCGAAGCAGUAACAACAUCCAAGCACCACGCAACCUAACGGCCUCCUCCUGGGUAAUAAAGGUGGUCCCAUUAUGCCAGGGGGCCGACGAGGUCUGGUCGCCCCUCAAAACACAUUCCUGGAGAACAUCAUCAGAAGGUCGAGCUCACAACCGGACAGCAGUUUUCUUUUGGCAAAUGCGCAAAUUGUCGACUUUCCAAUUGUCUACUGCAACGAAUCGUUCUGCAAAAUAUCUGGCUAUAACAGAGCGGAGGUUAUGCAAAAAUCAUGUCGGUGUUCCUUCAUGUAUGGUGACCUUACGGACAAAGAAACGAUUUGCAGAAUAGACGAAGUGCUCGAGGGUCACUACCACGACCAAUUCGAGAUUUUACUCUACAAAAAGAACAAGACUCCACUAUGGCUGCUCAUGCAGAUAGCCCCGAUCAAGAACGAACGGGACCUCGUGGUGCUGUUCCUGCUCACGUUCAGGGACAUCACGGCCCUCAAACAGCCCAUCGAAUCAGAAGACUCCAAAGGCGGAGAUCUGUUAGCAGGCCUAAGCAAGUUCGCCAAGCUGGCACGGUCGGUGACCAGGAGCAAGACCCUGGUAUCGCAGUUCUCGUCCCAUCCCGUGUCCAUCAAGGAUUCGACCAGACACGUGCAAUCCCACUUAGCGCAUAUGAUGAGCCUAAAUGCGGACGUGAUGCCACAGUACAGACAAGAGGCUCCCAAAACGCCGCCUCACAUCCUGCUGCACUAUUGUGCAUUCAAAGCCAUCUGGGACUGGGUGAUUCUGUGCUUGACGUUUUACACGGCAAUCAUGGUACCCUACAACGUGGCAUUCAAGAACAAGACCAGCGAGGACGUGUCGCUUCUGGUAUUGGACUCCAUUGUCGACGUCAUUUUCUUUAUCGACAUUGUGCUCAACUUCCAUACGACAUUCGUCGGCCCAGGCGGGGAGGUGGUUUCUGACCCAAAAGUGAUCCGGAGAAACUAUUUAAAAUCGUGGUUUAUUAUCGACUUGCUGUCCUGUCUGCCGUACGACGUGUUCAAUGCGUUCGACCACGACGAAGAGGGUAUUGGAAGUCUAUUCAGCGCAUUGAAAGUGGUGCGGUUGUUGCGGCUUGGCAGGGUAGUAAGAAAACUUGACAGAUAUUUAGAGUACGGAGCAGCAAUGUUGAUACUGCUGUUGUGUUUCUACAUGUUAGUCGCUCAUUGGCUCGCCUGUAUAUGGUACUCCAUAGGUCGGUCUGAUGCUGAAAACGGAAUGCAGUAUUCGUGGCUAUGGAAAUUAGCCAAUAUAACCCAAUAUCCUUACUCGUACAUAGUGACCGCCCAUUCCAACUCCACCGAACUCGUACACGGGCCACCUAGAAAAACAAUGUACGUGACAGCACUGUAUUUCACCAUGUCGUGUAUGACCAGCGUGGGGUUCGGCAACGUUGCUUCCGAGACGGAUAACGAAAAGAUCUUCACCAUAUGUAUGAUGGUCAUAGCUUCGCUGUUAUACGCCACCAUUUUCGGUCACGUCACCACCAUAAUCCAACAGAUGACUUCGGCCACUGCCAAGUACCACGACAUGCUGAACAACGUCCGCGAAUUUAUGAAGCUCCACGAAGUGCCCAAAGCUUUGUCCGAGCGAGUUAUGGAUUACGUAGUGUCUACGUGGGCAAUGACCAGGGGUUUGGACACAGACAAAGUCUUGAACUAUUGUCCGAAAGAUAUGAAGGCAGACAUCUGUGUACAUCUGAACCGCAAAGUGUUCAACGAGCAUCCCGCUUUCCGUUUGGCCAGCGACGGCUGUUUGCGCGCCCUUGCCAUGCACUUUACUAUGAGCCACUCAGCGCCGGGUGAUCUACUCUUCCACACCGGCGAGUCUAUCGAUUCGCUUUGUUUCAUUGUGACGGGUUCUCUAGAAGUAAUUCAAGACGAUGAAGUUGUCGCCAUCUUAGGUAAAGGAGACGUGUUUGGCGAUUCAUUUUGGAAAGAUACGGCACUAGGUCAAUCGGCUGCGAACGUCCGUGCCCUUACGUACUGUGAUUUGCACACUAUCAAAAGGGACAGGCUUCUAGAAGUGUUGGAUUUCUAUCAGGCGUUUGCUAACUCAUUUUCAAGGAAUCUAGUACUCACUUAUAAUCUUAGGCAUAGGCUUAUAUUCCGCAAAGUGGCAGACGUACGACGAGAGAAAGAAUUAGCCGAAAAACGAAAAAACGAACCACAGCUGGACGAACAACGUGAUCAACUUGUGCGAAAAAUAUUUACCAAGUUCCGAAAAGAUAGGGCGCCCAGUCAGGUACCUGGCCUGCAACAGUCUGACGAGAACAAAAAUGAAGGAACUGUGGCCGAUCCUUCAGAUGUCGGUGUUGCCGGUGGUCGACCUAAAGUAUUACCGCUGGUGUUAAGACAGCAGAGUGAAGAUCAACAGGCUUCGUGUUCUACUGGGCCAAAAGGUACCUCUCCAAAGCCUGUCCCGAAAAAGGUGUCCAAAUGGGGAAAGGUAUUGGGCGGGGGCAACGGAAGCACGGACUCUGCGGACAAUUCGGUGGUGAGUUUGCAAAGUGCUCCGGCCAAAAUAAGAGAUUCGCCGGGCAAGCAGCAGACCGGCAACGGGCACAAAGUCUUUCCAAAACUACAAAAAGUUUCUACGACGGUCGCUGAACCAUUUGCUGCUGCUGGACAGCAAGUUAGGACCAUCGAAGAGACGGACGAAAGCAUACGGCCUCCAGGGUCGGAAUCGGAACAGCAGCCUCUGAUGAUUUCGGUAGCCACAUCCACGGAUUCCACUUAUGCAAUGUCACCACCACCUCCACAGUGUUCUUCACUCAUAUUGCCACCGCCGCCUCUAGACCAAGAAGAUCUGUCGGCAAAAAUGCAAGACCUAAAGACUGACGUUCAUUCUAUAAACCUGAGGUUAACUACCAUCGAGGCGAUGAUGCAGAGGAUAUUAACUAAAUUAGACACGUUGGCUGUGUUGCCCUCUUCGCUACCAUCGCCUGGCGUAUCCGAUAUACAUGGUUGUCGGACUAAAAGCACAGACGACCUGAGUUCGCCCAUGUUGCCUAAGUUACCGCUAAUGGUCCGGCGCCGGCGUAGCAAGUCUCGAACUAGGUCUACUUCUUCUGUUUUACCGCCGUUCAGACCGUACAGCCCUAAGGAUUCGUCGCCACCCCCGCCUCCCAGAUCAGAAUCGCUCAAAAAAAAACCUUGCCCUCCCAGGCCAACUGACUUUUUGUAACAUACAAUUCACCGUUGAAUAAUAUAAAUUAAUGUGUACCUUAAGAUACUUUAAGUGUAAUUAUAUUAUUUAUUAAAAUAUAUUUAUGUAUAAAAUAUUGUAAUAUUUUUUUGUUUUCUAUGAAUUGAUAAAUACAUUUUUUUUUAAAUUAGAGACAAUAUUUCAGGGCUCUUAGCAAUCAAAGUAUUAUUGUUGGACGAACACUGAAACUUUGGCGAAAAAAUCUUUGUGAAUUUGAAUUCGAUGACUUUUUUUUUAAACAAAUUAUUAUAUUUUGUUCAUUUAUUAAGUAAUUUAGACAUCACUAUUUUUUGUACUCUAAAAUAAUAUUAUUACCUAUACUUUAAACAAAAAGACCAAAAACACCUAAAAUACUAUUAUCUUUAUUUAGUAUUACUCAAACUAUAAGUGCUAAUUAGUGAUAUUUUUAAAUUGAAAUUGUAUUAAUUAAUAAAGUAGGUACCAUUUGUAAAUCUGACGAUCAUUUCAAGUAUCUAAUGUUA